GUUAUACGCACUGCGAAUUCUUUGAUAGUGCGACUCUUCGGGAUUUCUAAUGUGAAAAUCGCAAAACUCGGGAAGUUCAGCGUGCGCGUGUUUUACUGCCGUCGAUACGAGGACUGCAUGUCGGUGUUCGACUUCGAGGGGGAACUCUGUGACCUGCUGUCGCGACCUUCUGUAAGUGGCCACCACGGGGACGGAAAGCGUGGCGCCGCUUCUGGAGUAACGAAGAAAGAUGACUCAGGAGUUGCCGAUGGGCACAAGGCAACAGAUGACGACAAAGGGAUCACUGGGCCAACGUCCCUCAUGGGCAUGAUCCUCAACAAGGAUGGCGACAAGGAUGAGGGUGACUCUUGCGCACUUGAAAUGUUUGAGACCUUUACCUUUGAAUUCAGACACCCAGAGCCCAUUCCGCCAGAAAUAUUCAGAGGGACUUACGACUUGCAAAUCCAGCUCGAGGGUAGUUGCUUCUGGGUAGAGGAUGUGGAGGUGGUUGCCGGUGAGAUGUGGACCAGCCUGGGGGACUACCGCGACGUCAUUCUCGCCUUCGUGGUCGCAUCCAGCAGCAGCUACGUGUUGGGGCAGUAUAUCAACCCUUUAACUGGCGGCUUGCUGCCACAGAUAACUGGAUUUUUGCUGAUGGGCG